UUUUGUAUUUAUAUUUGACGUAAUGCCCUUACAGUAAGAGUGGGAUAGGUUCAGCUGUUCCGUUAUCAUCAUACGCAUACAUAAAAAACGACAUUGCCGUGGCAAAUCAAAAUUAAGUUUGCCCAUCGAUUGAUUCGAUUCUCUCCAAUUGGAAGCGUCCCGAUCGUUGCUCACCGACAUUGACAGCAAUUUGGGAAAGCACCGUAUGUGCAGAUUUCCCAUAAUACUACUCCAAAAGACCAGACGUCGCUUUUCGACGAGAAUGAGCGGUCACGCAGAGCCUCCGGUGACAUCCACCUAAUAGGAAGGUGGUGUGUUUUGCCUUUGCAACUUCUGAUGACGUAUAUACCGCUGCGCGAGAGGCCAAAGUCUGAAAUCUACAUAUUAGAGCAUUGAGUUUAACAAAUAUUCCGGACAUGGCCUCGGCUACGAUAUCCCCGACCGAAGAUGACGAGUUGACGUUGCCUCGGGCAUCGAUCAACAAAAUGAUAAAGGAAAUUCUGCCGCACGUACGAGUGGCCAACGAGUCGCGCGAGCUAAUUCUGAACUGUUGCACGGAGUUCAUUCAUCUGCUCUCGUCCGAGGCGAACGAGAUCUGCAACCAACAGCAAAAGAAGACCAUAAACGCGGAACAUGUACUCUUAGCGCUGGAGAAACUUGGCUUCGGCGAUUACAGCGCGGAAGCGGAGGCGGUUUUACGGGAUUGCAAGGCUGUCGCGGCGAAACGAAGACGCCAGAGCACGAGACUGGAGAAUUUAGGUAUUCCUGAAGAAGAGUUGCUUAGACAACAACAGGAAUUGUUCGCCAAAGCGCGAGAAGAACAAGCGGUCGCCGAGCAACAGCAGUGGCAGCAACUGCAAGCGGUCGCGCAGAUGGCCUCGAUGCAACAGGUGGACAGCGAGCAAGAAGAUUAUUCCUAAAUUGUCCAUGUUAGGUAGACUUUUGUCGUUAGAUCCUAAACGACGCGAUGAAUUACUUUUAUUUUAUUCUAUUGAUUUAUUGAAACGUGUACACGUUAUUUAGACAUGUACUAUAUAUUAUUUUUAACAAAGGAAAAACCAUUGUUUUCCCAUCGAUCCAUCUUUUAGCUGCUUGCUCUCUAUUGUAUCCACUUUGGUCGAGCGAUUCUGAACCCGGAUACUUGUACCGCUUUCGCAUUUCACUAUGUGUUCGCACCUGGAGAUCAUUCGAAGUGCACACAGUCAGGGACGAGUGCCGCUGUUGAAUACUUCAGCUAUGAACUGCGGCGGCUUAGGGCAUCAGUCUCCCGUACUCGGAUGAGAGAUGGCUCUUCUUAAUCGCUUCCAUCACUCUUGAGACGUAGUGGUACCUAAAUCAUUCGGCGGUGAGAAAAUUAUUUCAAUUUCAAAAACUAAAAGCUCGUGCUGUGAAUAAUUUCGGAAGACCGUGUUCCAUUAUACUUGCCAAUUUUUCUCGGUUAGAGUAGUCGGCGUCAUCGGGUUCUUACUGACACCGUGUAUCUUUGUUUUCAAUCGUUCGAUCAACUUCUUUUCAUUCUGUCGCAUCGGAGUCUCUAAACAACAGAAAUAGUGUUUGAUUUUUGAUAGAAACCAAUGCGAGUCAACGCAGACAUUGCGAUAUACCUUCGUUUGUAAUUUCUGGUAUAAAAAAUAGAUUUAAACUAGCAUCUAUCGAUUGAGGACUCAUGUCCAAACCGCUGUGGGUUUGUAAUCUCGACGUGGAGAAUACUUUGCUGUAGAAAUCCUACAAUGAAUAUCCUGUAAUUACAAAUACAUGCCAGAGUCUGGGAAAACGAAAA